AUGGAUGGAAAGUAUCACGGGGUGAUUGAUGCCAUACAGGAUCAGCUUUGCAUUCCUUCCACGUUCUACUAUCUGCCCAUAUACUUCCAAUGGGCGGAGGGUAUAUCAGCAGCAACAAGCGAUAUCGGAACUGUACCAUACGAUCUUCCAAUCAAUAGGUGCAAUGCUCCGCGACAUGAAUCCUUAGGGCAGCUGCUGACUUUUCAAGCUUUUGGCGUCAUCACCGCAGAUCAAACCAUAUUUGCUCUUGGUCAUGCUGUGCCAUGGAUGGUGUUGGGAUUGGCGUUCACCGCGGUGGGCUUGGGUCUUAUCUAUACUUUCAACGUUGGAUCACCAGCCAAGAUUCUGGGGGUGACUGAAGGGGGUGUCCGCUUUCAAAUGCCAAUCAUGAUCAUGCAGGCAACGACAAGAGAACAGGAUGUCCUCCUGGCAACAGCUAUCCUCCGGCGUAAGUGCGAUAACUGUUGGGUGGGGGCGCCUUUGGUUUCUCAGCUCUACAGGCGCACCUUUCACAACUCCCUUUUAAAGCAGCCUCCCAUCACAGCCCCUAAUAUCGACCCAAUACCGAUCCUCCACCCGGGGACGACGCAGCUCGAAGAGAUCGUGCCGGUAGGUUGGUUGGAUGGAGCGUUGAAAGCCUACGUGGCCGGUUUUAGGGAGAUUCUGGUUAUUGCUGUUGCAUUUACUGGUGCUACAUUUAUCAGCGCGUUUGAAUUCAGGUUUCUAAGCAUCCGACAAACGAUGAUGGCGGAAGUUCAGAACUCGUAG